ACUGCACUAGAUUUCUUCAUUAGUGGUACACUGAAAUCAAUAAUUCAAUCUGCCUGUUUACACUAGGAUCAAAUAUAUUGACACAUUUAUAUGUUAACACUAUAGUGAUAUGUGAUGUUUAUAAAGAUAUUGUGAAAAUAACUUCACACAUUUACAUUCUUUAUUUAUUUACACUCAGAAGUUUACUACAUACUACACAAGUUAUGAUAUGCUGAUAUUUGUGUAAACUAUCAGGGUGUUUGGCUAUGUGUGUGGUUUGAAAAUGAUGCAUAGACGUCAAGCCAGUAACACAGGCCUGUCCUGGUUUAAGUUUCCACGGCUACCGGCACCAGAGGAAGAAAACCUAUCUUUCAUGGAAAAAUGGCGGAAACAUAUGGACAGAAAAAAGAAAGAAGCAAAUGAUUUUAUACAAGUUAUAUUUAUGCGAGGUCUCAUGUUGUUUCAAGCACCGACCCAGAUUUACGCAUUCAUGUAUUACAUCAUACCCCACAUAUUUGAAGAUUACAGUCCUUGGACAAUAUACUAUAUGAAAGUCCUGGCAUGGUUUGUACUGCUCAAUGGUUUAACUAACUGGUUAUGUGUAAUUUUGUAUGACCCACAGUACCCGAAAACUAAAGACAACCCGUUUCUGCAGGUGAACCAACAGUAUGACACAUUGCCUGAUCACUUUAUAGCACCAAUUGAACAGGCUACUAGCAAUCAGAAUCAGCUGAAUGGACAUUGUGUAUAUGAUAUGACAUCAAAAGAGGCUCUACCUUGGAACUUCUGUAAAGAAUGUCAAAUGCAUGUUCCACCUCGUACUCAUCAUUGUAAAUUUUGUAAAACGUGUAUACUCAAAAGAGAUCAUCAUUGUUUCAUGGUUGGAAACUGUAUUGGAUUCAAAAAUCAAAGAUAUUUCAUAGUGCUUGCAUUUUAUGCUAUGAUAACAGGCGUUCUUGGAGGAUAUUUUACAUUUAAAUACGUGAGAAAUGUUAUUUGGCCAAGUCUUGAUUCAUGGUCCGAUAUGUUUUUCCCAAUCACUAUAUUCCGUUGCUUGUUCGGUGACAUCAAGGGUAUUAACUGCUUACUUAUUGUUCAUCUUUACUUAGAAUUCUUUUUUGGAGUAAUCGGUUUUGUUUACUUCACAUCUCAGAUGACAAUUAGUGCAAAUGGAAAGACAUUAUUUGAAGUAGCAAAGAAAGUGCCAAUAAAAAACAUGAAUUCCAUCAACCGCAACUUAAAAUCAGUAUUUGGAGACUUUUGGGUAUUAAAUUUUUUAUUUCCAAUGACAUUAAUAUUUCGCCAGAGGGAUGAUGGUAUACACUGGGAUGGGGUGAAAAUUGAUCAUAAUGCCAAUGAAAAAUGGGAAGAUGAUGGAGAAGUCAUUUAGAACAAAAUCUUUACUUGUAGUUUAGAAUUUUAUUCAUGUGGUUGAUAAAAUUCAUCUUGUGACAUAGUCAUGAUAGUGAAACCAAAGAGAGUAAAAUCUUUUCAAGUCCUUGAUAACAUUUUGUUAUUAUAAAUGUACACUACCUCAAUAAAUACAUGUAAAGUUCUAUUGUGCAUGAAGGUAGUAGUCUUUAAUGGCGCAUCAAAUCUGAUACAACUGUUAAAGUUAUAGAACUAUACAUAAUACAACAGUUGCUAUUUUAACUUUGUCAAUACUAUGACCACUUCUAUAUAGUAAGUAGUAUAGUUUACCUUUAGAUCUUCAAUUAAUAUACAUACCAGGAUAACACCUGUUUCAACUUAACAUAUACAUUAAUUUUGUAAUGAAGAUAACAUUGUAUAAGUAAACAUCUUAACUAUUUUUAAAAUGAUAACUUUCUUAUAUUUAUUUUCUCACCUGAAAUCUACAGAAAAAGUAACAUGCUACAAUAAGAAAAAUAUGGUAAUUUGUUUUAACAAUCUGUAUUGUUGUUAAUAUUAAUCUCAAGUUAACCUUUGUGCCAUUAUCACUGAACUGUAGAUAUGUACAUCUUUUUUUAUCUAUUUUUCUACCAUUUUAUAUUUAUUUAUUUCUCUUUUUAUAUGAAUCAUACAUUGAAAAGACUAAGUCUUUAUAAAUGAAUCUACAUGUAUUAUAGUCAAAUAAACUAAUUAUACAUGAA